AUGACUUUUGAAUUUUAUCCUAGAUUGUCUCAAAAUUUUUCUCAAUUGCUUGACGAGGCAGACGACUAUAAUGUUAUUAUUAACGUUGGAGAAAAUUUAAAUACAAAAGAAUUUCGUGCUCAUUCAAAUAUAUUGAGAGUUCGAUCUCCUUAUUUUAAAAGAGCUCUUUCGCAGGAUUGGGUUAUAAAGAAAAAUAACAUGAUUAAUUUUACUAAACCAAAUAUUUCUCCUAUUGUAUUUGAGAUGAUUAUUAGAUACAUGUAUACUGGUGUACUCAAUUUGAAAGACCAAGCCGGCUUAGAUAUUCUUAAUCUUCUUGUAGCAUCCGAUGAAUUACUUAUUGAAGAAUUAGUUACUUUUGUACAAAAAUACUUAAUCGAAAAUCAAACUGAAUGGUUAAAAGAUAACUUCGUCAAGGUUCUUCACACAGUAUAUCAAUUGGAAAGCUGUAAAAAACUUCUGGAUUAUUGUUUGGAGUCUAUUUGUGAAGAUCCAGAACCCUUUUUCAAUUCAUCAGAAUUUCCAACAUUAGAAAAAAGUAUUUAUCUUGAAUUAAUUAAACGCGAAACUUUAUUAAUUGAUGAAAUUGAACUGUGGAAUAAUCUCAUUAAAUGGGGAAUCGCUCAAACUUCUGAAUUAAGAGGAAAGAAUACGACAAAUUUGAAUCGUUGGAAUAAAGGAGAUUUUUCGGCUUUGAGGAAUACUUUGCACCCAUUUAUCUUACAAAUCAGAUUUUUUGAAAUUACUUCAAAAGAUUUUUAUUAUAAAAUUUGGCCCUUUAAAACAGUGCUACCCAAACCACUUUUUGAAGAUAUUGUAUCGUUCUAUUUGUCCAAAAUUCAACCUAAAAAAAAUAAAUUGCCUUCUCGUUAUGGAAAGAUUCCUAUAGAAUCAAUUAUCAUUAAACCAAAACAUGCCGCCAUCCUUGCUAACUGGACUCAGAGAAACGACGCUAAUCUAAAAAUUCAAAAAGAUAAAUAUCAUCUCAACCUUAUAUAUCGUGGAAGUAGAGAUGGUUUCGAUAUUAAUACUAUGAGAAAUAAGUGCAAUGGACAAGGAGCAUGUAUUUUAGUUAUUAGAGCCAGAGAAAACAGAACUAUAAUUGGUGGCUAUAAUCCUUUUGGUUGGACCUAUUAUAAUAAUAACGGUUAUUAUAACCAAAAUUGUUAUUGGAGAAAUACUACAGAAAGUUUUAUUUUUUCUUUUGGUGAUGGAAAAGAUUCAAAGAAAUUUAGAAUUAGUCGAGUUACCAAUCGGAAUUGUGCGAUAUACGAAUCUAAUUAUACAAAUAUUUCUUUAAACUUUGGUAAUAGCGAUUUAGUUAUUAACGGGGCAAAUGGUACAUGCAACCAAAGCUAUUAUGAAAGUAACAUUUUAGAUGAUACAAAUAACUUUUCAAUUGAUGAAAUGGAAAUCUUUAGGUUUUACUAA